UGUGGCCAUGGAGGUGCCCAUGUGCCUGGUGGGGGACAGUGCUGACAGGGAGCAGGAUGGGUACAAGCAGGGGAACAACGUGGUGACCUCCCAGGCCGCCAUCGAGAAUGAGGCGGCCCUCAGGGAGGCGCUGGCUCACUACGCGGACGGGAUGGGGGGGCUGCGGCUGCCGGUGGAGCUGGGUGAGCUCUCGGCGCUGCACGGGAGGUGCGAAGCGGACGCCCUGUGGCUCUUCAUGCAGCGCUCCGUCAAGGACGAGGAGCAGGGGUUCCAGAAGCAGCUGGUGGCCGGGAUCACGGAGCGAUACGGAAACCUCCUUGCAGAAAACGAGGCCGUUUCGGAGCAGACCUGCCGCGCGCUGCUGGAGGAGCUCUCAGCCGCCAUGCAGCAGAAACUCAGCGCUGGGCUUUACUCCCAGCCUGGCGGGUACCAGGCCUACGACAGGGACCAGAACCGGGUGGUGGAGAAUUACUGGGCGAAGGCCAAGAAAGGGGUCAAGGUGAGUGUCUGAAAUUAGCCCCCCAUC